GUUUUCUGCUCUCCCGCUCCUUGUCCCUCCUUAUCCGCCCUAGCACAGCUCAGCUCCCAGACGUCUCAACGCGAUGACUGCCAACUCUACUCAGCACCCCACCGACGUAGUACUUACGGAUGUAGUACUUGCAGCAACCUCCGCCCCAGUCGACACGUCACACCCGGAACUAUCUGAGCAGCCACUAGCCCCUCCUGGCAACGAUGCAGUAGUACAGACCACCGCGGAACCACCAGUAGCUCCGACUGCCCCCGUAGUCGAGGAGAUCAAGCCUGUGUCAUUCCUGCAGCUUUUCAGGUACUCCACCCGUACGGAAAUAUUGCUCGAUUAUAUCGGAUUAAUCGCUGCAGCAUGUGCGGGUGCCGCUCAGCCCCUCAUGAGUUUCCUCUUCGGACGUCUGACGCAGGACUUCGUAAACUUCGCAACGGCUGCUGCGGCCGCGGAUCCGCAGGACCAGAGUGCGCUGGACGCUCAAGUUGUAGCUGCAUUCAAGCAUUCAGCUGCACUCAACGCGUCGUACUUGGUUUACAUCGGGAUCGGCAUGUUCGUAUGCACGUACAUCUACAUGAUCACAUGGGUCUACACCGGCGAAGUUAACGCAAAGCGCAUCCGCGAGCGUUACUUCCGCGCUGUACUCCGGCAGGAUUUGGCGUAUUUUGACAACGUCGGGGCGGGCGAGAUCACCACCCGCAUACAAGGGGACACCCACCUGAUUCAGCAAGGAAUUUCGGAAAAAGUCGCUCUUACCGUCAGCUACUUGUCUUCGUUCGUCGCGGGCUACGUGGUCGCGUACGUCCGCUCAUGGCGCCUGGCUCUGGCGAUGACAUCUAUCCUCCCGUGCACGAUCAUUGCCACCUCGCUAUUUGGCAAGUUCAUCGCCAAGUACGCCAUGACGUCGCUCCAGUAUGGUGCCGAGAGCGGCAGCCUCGCCGAGGAAGUCAUCUCGACCGUCCGUACCGCCCAGGCGUUUGGCAUCCAGUCCGUUUUGUCGAAUUUGUACGACGGGCAUGUGCAGAAGAGCCGUCUCGUGGAAAUACAGACGGCGAUGUGGUCGGGUGCCUACCUCUCCUUCUGGACAUUCCUCAUGUAUGCCGCGUAUGCGCUGGCCUUCAACUUUGGCACGACGCUCAUCAACCACGGUGAAGCCAACGCAGGAGAUGUCGUUAGCGUCAUCCUCUCCAUUCUGAUCGGUUCUCUCUCUCUUGGAUUGCUCGCGCCGGAAGCACAGGCAAUCGUGCAAGCUAGCGGUGCCGCUGCUAAGCUUUUCGCUACCAUUGAGCGUGUUCCCCUCAUUGAUUCCGCUUCCACGGAGGGAAAGAAGCCUGCACAAUGCGCUGGGGAGAUCUCGUUCGAGAACGUCGACUUCAACUACCCCUCCCGCCCGGAUGUUACCGUCCUCAAGAACUUCUCUAUCACGUUCCCGGUAGGCAAGACGUCCGCGCUUGUUGGCUCGUCCGGCUCUGGCAAGUCCACGAUCAUCUCCCUCAUCGAGCGGUUCUACGACCCGCUUAGCGGUAGCGUGAAGGUCGACGGCUUCGACGUCAAGGAGCUCAACCUCAAGUGGCUACGCUCACAGAUCGGCCUCGUCUCACAGGAGCCCGCCCUUUUCUCGACCACGAUCAAGGCGAAUGUCGCGCACGGUCUCAUCGGUACCCAGUACGAAAACGCUACGGAGGAAGAGAAGUUCCGCCUCAUCAAGGACGCCUGUGUCAUGGCCAACGCGGACAAAUUCGUCUCCGAGCUUCCCUCUGCCUACGACACCGUGGUCGGAGAGCGCGGUUUCCUCCUGUCUGGCGGUCAGAAGCAGCGGAUUGCGAUUGCGCGCGCUAUCGUCUCGGACCCGCGCAUACUUUUACUCGACGAGGCGACUUCUGCGCUGGACACUCAGAGCGAGGGCGUCGUGCAGAACGCGCUUGAGAAGGCCGCCGAAGGACGCACGACGAUUGUUAUUGCCCACCGUUUGUCUACGAUCAGGGACGCCGACCACAUCCACGUCAUGGCGAACGGUGUUGUCGUUGAGUCGGGUACUCAUGCGGAACUCAUGCAGGCCGAGGACGGGACGUAUGUUCGCCUCGUUGAGGCCCAGAAACUGCGGGAAGGCGAGGAGAAGCGUGCUGUGGAGCUUGCGGAGGGCGACGCGAUCGCGUUACACGACAUCGAGAAAGCAUGGGAAAAGCAGGCCCCGUCGGAGGUGCCGUCUCUUCAGCGCGAGAAAACUGAGAUGUCCCUAGCGAGCGAGGCCGCCACCAAGACCGAGAAGUCAGGUGAGAAGGAGAACCGCUCGUUCUCCUUCGUCAUCAGGCGACUGGCCUACAUCAACCGCGACGUCUGGCAGCAAUACCUGUUUGCUACUAUCGCCGCGAUCGGAAACGGCGGCGCAUACCCCGCUAUGGGCGUCGUCUUCGCGCUGGGGAUCAACGCGUUCUCCGACACCACGAACGGACAGCGCCGCCACGAUGGUGAUCGGACCGCGCUCUGGUUCUUCAUCAUCGCUCUCGCGGCCAUGGUCAUCAACGCCAUCCAGCACACCUACUACGGCAUCACCUCAACGCUGCUCGCGUCGCGUCUUCGCGGUCUUGCGUUCCGUGCCAUCCUCCGCCAGGACGUGGAGUUCUUCGACAAGGACGAGAACAACACCGGUCAGCUCACGGCGUCUCUGACGGAGAACGCGAGGAAGGUCCAGACCUUCGCUGGCGUGACUGCCACGAUCAUCGUGCAGAGUCUUGCGACGCUCGUCAUCGGCGCGGUCCUCGGUUUGAUCUUCGCCUGGCAGCUCGGUCUCGUUGGUAUUGCGUGCACGCCUAUCAUGCUCUCUGCCGGCUACGUCCGCCUGCGUGUUAUCGUCCAGAACGACGCACGAAACAAGAAGUCGCAUGAGUUAUCCUCUCAGCUAGCGUGUGAGGCUGCUAGCGCGAUCCGCACCGUCGCAUCUCUCACCCGUGAGGAGGAGUGCUGGCAGGACUACAGCCGGUCUCUCGAGGAGCCGUACCAGCGCACCAAGAGGGUAGCGAUCUACUCCAACGCGCUCUUUUCCAUCACGCAGGUCCUGUCGUACUGGGUCAUCGCCCUCGUGUUCUGGUACGGCUCCCAGCUCGUCGCCGAUGGAAAGCGCACUACGUUCCAGUUCUUCGUCGGUCUCAUGGGCACGACGUUCUCUGCGAUGCAAGUUGGCGGUGUCUUCGCUGUGCUGCCCGAUGUCGCGAGCGCGAAGAAUGCUGCGCUCGAUUUCCUGAAGCUGCUCGACUCUAGACCCAAGAUCGACGCAGAGUCCAAGGAGGGUAUCGUCCCGAAGGAAGUCCAAGGUCAGAUCCGCUUCGAGGACGUCCACUUCCGCUACCCUACUCGUCCCGACGCCCGUGUCCUCCGCGGCCUCAACAUCACGGUCGAGCCUGGAACCUACGUCGCUCUCGUUGGAGCUAGUGGUUGCGGUAAGAGCACGACUGUCCAGCUCAUCGAGCGGUUCUAUGAUCCGCUGUCUGGCGCUAUCUACCUCGACGGUCAGCGCGUCACGGAGUUGAACGUCUCCGAGUACCGUAAGAACAUCGCUUUGGUGUCGCAAGAGCCGAACCUGUACGCCGGUUCCGUCCGCUUCAACAUCCUGUUGGGUGCCACGAAGCCCGAAGCGGAGGUCACCCAAGAGGAACUCGAGACGGCGUGUCGCAACGCGAACAUCCUCGACUUCAUCCAAUCGCUGCCCGACGGCUUUGACACCGAGGUCGGUGGGAAGGGUUCGCAACUGUCUGGUGGUCAGAAACAACGUAUCGCCAUCGCCCGUGCGCUGUUGCGCAACCCGAAGGUGCUGCUGCUGGACGAAGCCACGUCCGCCCUCGACUCCAACUCCGAGAAGGUCGUGCAGGACGCGCUCGACGUGGCUGCCAAAGGGCGUACGACCAUCGCCAUCGCCCACCGUCUGUCCACGAUCCAGAACGCUGAUUGCAUUUGCUUCAUCAAGGACGGUGUCGUCGCCGAAUCUGGCACGCACGAGGAGCUGCUUGCUCUCAAGGGCGCGUACGCCGAGUAUGUGCAGCUGCAAGCCCACGGUUAGUCUUCACGGACGCACAUCCCAAACCGCCCGCCGCCCUCGUGUUCCACGCCCUCUCCUCGGGAUGUUGAAUGGCGGCUCCCUGGUGCGAAUUCUGGGAUCCGUGCUCGUCUACACCCCUCCGCUCGAUCAUGUUCACUGUCUUUAACACUCCCCGCUCCUUUAUCACCGCUUUUAAUACUUUGCAUGCCUCACGGCUACCACUCAAUUUAUACCUCCCACGUCGUUGGACUAUGGCUUCGAAAUCACGAGGAUUCGGAUAGACACGCACCGAUACCUGCCAUGUCUGAGAUGCCCCACUCUGGAAUUAUGCG